CCCAGUAAAAGGAAAAACAAAGCAGAGAAUGGCAGCAUCUCUGAGAAUCAGAAACAGUUCCCUUCUCCUAACUCGCUUCCUCAACUCAGCAACUCUCCCUCGUCCAAGGUGGUUACAAACCAUAGCCUACGAGGAAUUGCGAGCAAAUCCGGAGAAGCCUUACACUUCAACGGCCGUUUUCAUCCAUGGCUUUUUGGGAUCCUCCAGAAACUGGCGCUCCUUUUCUCGCAACCUCUUGGCCUCUCUCUCCAAUUCCUCUCCCUCUAGCAAUUGGAGGACGGUGAUGUUGGAUAUGCGGAACCACGGGAAAUCGACGGAGAGAGAACUGAAUCCGCCUCACAAUAUUGAAUCUGCGGCCAAAGAUUUGGCCGAUUUGGUAAAGGCUGAAGACUGGCCUUGGCCUGAGGUCGUCGUAGGUCACUCCAUGGGUGGAAAGGUUGCUUUGCAGUUUGCUGAGAGUUGUAGCCGCGGUGACUAUGGCCAUUCUGUUCUGUCUCCUAAACAGCUCUGGGUAUUGGAUUCUGUCCCUGGUAAAGUGAACCCUGAAAACAGAAACGAUGAAGUCCGGGAUGUUCUAGCAACCUUGCAAAGUUUACCAAAACAAUUCCCAUCUCGCAAGUGGCUUGUUAGUCAUCUUAUGGAACUUGGUUACUCUAAAGCACUGUCGGACUGGAUAGGUACCAACGUGAAAAAAGUUGGUGAUCAUGAGACGUGGAUAUUUGAUCUUGAAAAUGCUAAAGAGAUGUUCGAUUCUUACUGCGAAAAGUCGUACUGGAAUCUUCUGGAGCAGCCUCCCAAAGGUAUGGAAAUAAUAAUUUUGCGUGCUGAAAAAAGUGAUAGAUGGGACAAAGAUGCUAUUGAGAGAAUCCAGAAACUAGCCAGUGAGCGAGGAUCCGACUCUUUGGGAAAAGUUUCCUUCUGUGUUCUUCCGAAUGCUGGUCAUUGGGUUCAUGUGGACAGCCCAAAGGGACUUCUUGAGAUUAUGGCUCCCAAAAUUCUGUGUUCUUGAGAUUAUGAGCUCGAGGCAUUAGUGAUUGAAAAUUGUUGCGUCCAGAGUGGAAAAUCUUAACAAUAAGCCCAAAAGGUUGGCGGCUAAUAAAUUGGUUAUGUGCAAUUUUAUAUAGUACUAAAUAAUUUAUACACAAUUCAUUGUAUAUUUGAAUAUCCUUGUGCCAGAUUUUUAAACCACACUAUAAGUAUACACAACUGUUAAGU